AUGGCACCCAUCCAUCGCGUAGCCGUCAUCCAAUGGAACAUCCAGGACCUCGCCAUCGAGGAAAACCACCGCAAAGCAUGCGAUUUCAUCCGCGAAGCCGCAGCCCAAGGUGCUGAGCUCGCCGUUCUCCCAGAGUAUGCGCCCUCACCCUACACCUCAAGCCACACAUAA